AGUUUGUACUAUAACAUACUAACUAAUCUUAUUUCCGUCCAGCGUCCACUCUCUAAUUUAUGAUUUAAAAUUUAAAAUUAUUGUGCGUUGUGCUUUUGUACUCAAGUGUAGACAGUGUAGUGUGUACCUACUCUAAUUUCGCUAUGGAUAACGAAAAAACGUUUGACAAUUUACCUGUUGAAAUGAUAUCUCAUAUAUUUACAUUUUUAAAAUGGGAAGACAUAAAAGUUGCAUCAAGUGUUUGUUGGUCAUGGUAUAAUGUGACUAUUCAACCAAGAUUUUUAAAAAAUGAAGUUAUAUGUUUAAGAGGUAUGAAAAAUGACAAAAUGAUUGAUGUGCUCAAAAUAUAUACUAAAAGUUUGCGCCCUUUUUUUGCGUUUUGUAUCGUUUUUGAUGCAAUUGGACCUAACCGGGAAUGGGUAUACACUGUGUGGUCAUUUUUAGGAGGCAAAGUAGUUUAUCUAGAAGUUUUUGUCCCAGUAAAAUGUAAUGACGGCAUUUUACCUGCGUUAUUAAACGUAACUAAACAAUUGAAAGUAUUGAAAAUUAAUAAUCUUGAAUUAAGUUCUAAAGAAGAACUGUACAAAGUAAACAGACUUCAGUCACUAGAAGAACUAGUGUUAUAUAAACCUGAAUUACACAAUAUUGAUAAGAAAAAACUAUUGGGAAUAAUACCAAAACAACUUCGUAAGUUUUGUCUUAUUGAUAUGCAAAACAGUAACUUUAUUAUUGAAGAUUUAACAGAAGUAUUUAAACUGUGUUCUUCUCACCUUGUGAGCCUUGAAUUUUUUGGUGUAGACGUGACACUUGCAUUUAUGGAAUCAAUCGCAAGCCUUAAUAUGAAGCUGAAAAAAUUUGCCUUAUCUCUGGAUUACGACCAAGGGCCAGAAGUAAUAUUACCACUAUUCAAAACACAAUGGCCAUUAGUUGAUUUGCAAUUAAGAGGUGAACGCUUGACUUAUGAACAUUUGUUUGCAAUUACCAAUAAUUUUAAAGACCUACAAAAUUUAUCAGUAACCGGUAAAUCUGUAUCGUCGUUUGAAGUCUUGGUUGGAAUUGCUGGAUCAUCAUUUAAUUCACUAACAAAAGUAACAAAAUCAAUCAAUUCACUAAAAAAAUUACGAACUCUCUGCAUUGGAGUCGAGAGAAGUGGAGCUUAUAAACCACUAUAUUAAUAUAUUACUUUUGAGAAACCUAACGAGAGGAUAUGCUACUGCUCAAUGUAAAUCAGUUCUGUGCAUUCUUGAAAGACACUGCCAUAGUGGAUUUUUCCUGUGUGAGGAUACAUAGAUCUAAUUUUUAACGGACCGUGUCAUAUUCUUUUUCUGCAAUUAAGUUUUUUUGGAUCUUAUUUAAUUAAGACUAAUCUGAACAUAACUGUUUGUAUAAUUUAAAUAUCCACUUAAAUUACUUAUGACAUUUGUCACAAGUUAAACUAUAGGAUCAGCACCACUGGUCUUAUUAAAUUAUUAUUCUAAUAUGGUGUUUUGUUUGUUCAAAUAGUAACUAAAACAAAUAAAUAAAAAAGUAGAAUUUACAAUAAAACAUAAUAACUAUUUUUCCUUGCACAAAUAACUUUAAUUUGUAUUUUUUUUUUUCAAUAUAAUUUCAACAUUAUGUUUGAAAUUAGUUUUUGAUGUAAUGCUUACUACUUUUGUUAAGGUGCCUCGCUACUGCCGUCAAUUUUAAAUUAAAGUUACUUUAUUAUGUCCGAUUUUGAUUCUGAAAAUAAUUUGAACUGCAGAAAAUUUUCUAUAGAUCAUACAGAAUAUUUUGAAAAAAUUAAAUCUUAUAUUAUAAUUAGAGCGCGGAUUUCUAUGCAAUUGCAUAUUUUUGUCAUUUAUCUCCACGAAUCAUCAUAAUUUGAAGCUAAUGGUGACAUUUUUUUUUGCAUUAUUUGGCCAAAUUCAAAAUUUAUUGCACAUUGAAGCAAAAAUUUUAAAAAAUGUAUAAAAUAAUAUUUUGUCAAAUAGAAAAAUUAAAACUAAUUUUCAUAGUCAUUAAAUAAUAAUUUAUAUAUAUAUUUAGUAAUAAGAUAAAUAAUUGAUUAUGACGUAAACUUCAAAUAUGCCACCAAUAAACUUCGGUUGACGUCAAACGUUCGUUCUCAGUCUUUAAAAAUAUGUUAAUCGAUAAACGACACAGCUUCACAGAAGAAUAACUUGAAAUGCACAUGAUUAAUUAUUUUAAAAAUGAUUUUUUUAUUAAGUAUUUAAGUAAUUAAUUAUUAUAAGUUUUAUUGUAAAUUUUAAAAUAAAUAAUUCUUGCAUAUUUUUUACAAUUUUCAUAAUUUUUACUGCAUAUAUGUUAUAUAGAAUAUUUCGAAAUUUUUAAGUGCAUAAAAAUCCAUGCUCUAGUUAUAAUAAAGUGUUAAUGAAAAAUUUAUAAAUAUGAAUAUGAAUUUUUACAAACCAUAAUUAAAAUUAAAAUUAAAAAAUGAAAAAUGUUUCAUACGAUUUAAAGACAUUAUUCUGCUGAACUUAAAAGAUAUUUCUAGAAUCAAGAUCAGACAACGUUAAUUAACUUUAAUUUUGUCAAAUUAAUAAGUAAGUUAUCUUAAAAUAUUUAUUGUUAUCCAUCUGCAGCUCCAACCGGUACUCGCAUUGAAUUUCAUUCGCACCAAUAAUCAUUUACAGCUAAGACAAAAUUAUAAAUUACCUAAAUGAUGCCCCUUAAAUAAUAACCGUAGCGAGGCCACCAACAUAGAAUGUAUUAUAAUAAAAAAAAAUAUAGUUUUUGUUUGUAUAAUAAAUAUUUUGUAAAAAUGUUAUUUAUUGGAAAUCAUUUUUAAGCAUUAAUAUUAAAUUAGUACAUACAAAUUAAAGUGUAUUGUUUACACAUUGCAUUAAAAAAAUUAAAUCUUACUUUAAUUAUUGAGUAAUGUUAGUAUUACAAAUUAUAAUUUUAUUUUGUUUCUUGUUUUUUUUUUUUAAUUUUUAUGUAUAACAAUUUGUUUAAAUUAAAAAGUGUAAUACUUAUUAGUCAUUCAAUUCAUAAAAUAUACAUUUAAUCAUAAUAUAAAUAAACAUGUGCUACAUAAGGACAUAAAUAAAAAAUAUUUAGAUAAAUAGUAA